UUUCAUUAUCCCUCUUACCCUCUAUUCUGAAUGCUGGUUGGUUCAGUGUUUGGUGAAGAAAAGGAAGGAACUUUUGGGAGAGAAGAAGAAAACCAUGGGGAGAGGGAAAAUUGAGAUAAAGAAGAUUGAGAAUUUGAACAGUAGGCAGGUUACCUUCUCCAAGAGGCGUAAUGGUUUGCUCAAGAAAGCAAAAGAAUUGUCUGUUUUGUGUGAUGCAGAGGUUGCUGUCAUCAUUUUCUCCAGCACCGGGAAGCUUUAUGAAUUUGCAAACACAAGCAUGGAGCAUACCCUUUUAAGGUACGGCAGAGGCAUGGAAUUGGAUAAUGCAGAGCAGCCUAGUAAUGAGCCCCCAAUAAAUGUUAUGCAGCCUGAUACCAACCUUCUGAAGGAUGAAAUAACAAAGCUGCGUUCAGCAUACUUAAGGAUGCUGGGUAAGGAGCUUGAUGGUUUGAGCCUUAACGAACUGCAACACCUAGAAAAUCAACUGGCUGAAGGGAUACUUGCUGUCAAAGACAAGAAGGAACAAGUACUUGUAGAGCAGCUUAAGAGGUCCAGGUUACAGGAGCAAAAGGCCAUCAUGGAAAAUGAAGCUCUGCGCAAACAACUCGAGGAGAUACAGAAUAAAACAAAGGCACAGUUCCUUGAAUUCAAUUCUUUGGAUAGGACAAUUUCCAUCAAUGGUUCAAAACCCCUUCUCAAUUGUUCUUCAGAGGACAACGACCUUUCAGAUACUUCCUUGCAGUUAGGGUUGUCAACAGAUUAUGGUCGCGAGAGGAAAGCAUUGAAGAUGGAACCUUGCAAUGACUCAGGAAGUCAAGUAGCUUCACAAUGACAUUUUUGUACUCUAAAGUUGCCUUCUGGAAUUUGAAAACUUUCCCUAGUUCUUUAUUUAUUUGGUCACUUUCAGUUUAGCUUAUAGACAAAGUUGGUUUUAAGUUAUAAAUUAAACCAACUUAUAUUGAGUCCAUGAUAUAUUUGGGGACAUGGAUUUGAUGGCUAUGUUAGGUUUGAAGUUUACAUGGUAAUUGAUUCACCAUGUCCAAACAGUU